CUAGAUUCUCGUCUCGUAUAAUAAAGAACUGGUCUUUCCUAUCUGACUCUGCCCCGUCGUCGUCGUCGCCGUAUGUAUGAAGUAAAGUAUUACAUACUACAUUUCGGUCUCUCUCGGUCGGAUGGUUGGUUUUGGUGGUGUGGUAAAGUAAAAAAUUCAGCCAAGUGAAAUCCGGCUUUGCCUCCAGCAGCAGACGAAAAGUAGAACCAAAACUAGACUGGCGAGACUCGAUACCACAUCACAAUCCGUACACCGCACUUUCAUUUCAUCACAAUAUUCUUCUUCUACAAGAAAGACAAGAAUGUUGAAGGUGUAAAGUAAAAUAUUUAUAGGAGGAGAAGAAAAGUGGACAAAAUUGUAAGAUAAAAUAGGAUUAAGGAAGUUGUGGAUGGUCAAAAUCUGUGAAAAGAUUGGAGAAAAGUGAACCGAGUGAAAGUUUACUUUAGAUUUUGUGGCAAGGUUUUGUGAUAGUUUAAAAAUUUCUGGGAAAUAUAAGAAGAAGAAGAAGGAUUUGUGUAACUUUACAACUUUGUGAAAAAGAUGAAGCAGACUAAUAACAAUAACGAGGCAAAAAACAAUAGAAAUGUGAGCGUUAACAAUCAAUUGAGGGUACACUUGCUCAAAUUUUUCCAUUUUGAGGUGGAAGAAAUUACCAAGGAAGGCGGUGGGGGUGGAAAAGUGCAGUAAAUUAAGUUAUAAAAAAGUGGGAGGAAAUUUGAUAAGAAAUUGUGGUACGAUUUUGUGAGUGAAAAGAAGUUAAAGUUGGAUUGGAAUGUGAAAGAAAGAAAGGAUAGGAAAAGGAAAAUCAAUUUUUUGAAAAAGAAUCUCUUCAUCACCAAGUCUUCCCCGUGUAUUUAUUGAAAAUAAGAGAAGAAAACUGAACUAAUAAUUGGACUACGCACCACACAGAAGCGAAGAAGGAAUUGCUUUGGCACGACGACGAACGCACAUGUGAGAAGUGGAACACCGUUUUUGAACGCGUCUUCCUUCUCCUCAUUACUCGACGGAUUUUGAGGAAAUUGAACCCUCUCCUUGGGAGUGAAAAUCUGAUUUUGAUGUGACAUCCGGUGACAAAUUCUGCUCCGAGACGGAAAUCGAGAAGGUUUUGCGUGAACGAAAAUCGGAUUACUGUGACUGAAAAAAAACCGAGAAACUUUUGAUCCUCGGAAAUAUAUUGGAGUGGAAACUGUGUUUCUUGUCGAAUUCUCUAGUGAUUUUUUACAACAGAAAGUGCAACAAUUCGUACAACCUGAACUAAACUUGGAACACAAAAAGUUCAAUUUUUUCAUCAUCAUCAACUCUGCUAAAAAAUUCUACUAGAAAUUUAAAAACCGGUAUUUGGACGACGUGACUAAAUAAUAAUUUGGAAUAAGUAACUUCUUUUUUCCACAAAUUUAUUACUACAUCUUCUUCUCUUCACUAAACUACUAAUUUAAAAAAUACCUUAAUUGUCACUGCUAUUUACUAAAUAGAUAAGUCAAGAUUUAGAAGAAGAAUUUACAACAAAUACACUGCUACUACUCAUUAAAUUUAAACUUCGCGCCGCGCCGCGCCCCCAUCUCAUCUCAUUUAUGUACUAAACAAAGAAAAACUGCCAAUUAAUUAAUUAAUUAAUUAAUUAAAAAAGAACUCUUCGUCAUCAUCAUCUCGUCACGUCACGUGGGUGGACAAAAAAAACGAAACUUACGAGAUUUAUGUAAAUGAAUGUACAACAAGAAAUAAUAACAAAGUAACUAAACUAUAAAUUUGCAAAUUUAUUAGCACACAAUUUUUGCGAAGAAACCCGUAAUGAAAUAUCAACAAGAGGUCCAAAUCCUGGAUCAGUUUCAGCACCUGCGCACCACAAAAAUCAUGGAAGGAGGGAAACCUAGUCCGCAUUCGUUCCACUUGAAAAAAGUUUUGAAAAGUUAUCAACUCACCGCAGCAAACACGUUGAGCGGACCGAGCUCGUUUCUCUCGAAUGGAGAUCCCGCCUCCGCGACCACCGCGCAGAAUAGCGCGACCACUCCCGCGCCGUCAAAUUCUUCUGGCGGGAAUAGUAACAGCACCCUGAUAAUCAAAACGAACUAUGUCGACCCCAACGGAUUCAUUCAUGGAAAUCAAGGAGGAAAUCGUAUCCCCGGUGCUAAAGGCUGCCUCGAUGACGACGAGGUUAUCGUCGUAGAUCGCGACGACGAGCAGGAACUGCAACAAGUCUAUUUGCGCCGCCGAGAAUCGUCGCCGACGGGGAAUUUCGCCAUGAAUUUCAGCGACACGUCGAGCUCGACCAGCUCCACGAGUGCUAGUCCUAUUUCACAUCAUGGUGGUGGGAAUUAUGAGGCCGGGGUGGUGUCCCCCCCGCCCCCAGGGAAGGGGACGAAGAGCGAGAGGACGAGCCCAAUCCGGGAGACGGGGGGCGGGGGCAGGAAAUCAUCCUGCGGUCAGUUGGCCCCGUCACUUCCGCUGAAGAAGUUGAUGCAUCGUCACUCUUCCCCCCCGGUCGGGGGGAUUAAAGAGGAGCAGCAGAGGUCGCUCCAGGCCGCGAUAAUCUUGGCGUCGGGAUUGCAGCAUCAUCACGUCAAGAACGGGGGGGAUGGUGGGGGGCAUAAUCACCAGCAGGGGAUGAUGCAACCACCCCCAAUUCUGAGUGCGUCGGAUCGGUCAACGACGGAAAAGCGGGAGACGCCGUUGGAAGGCGUGUUCAUCUCGUGUUUCGUGGUCGGAGGGGAAAAACGACUUUGUUUCCCGCAUAUUUUGACAACCGUGCUGAAACCGUUCUCAUUACCGCAGAUUAAUCAGGUUUGUGAUGAGCUUCAAAUCUUCUGUUCAAGGUGCUCACCCGAACAACUGGAAGUCUUAAAGGUGACUGGGGUGCUACCGAUGGGUGCUCAUUCUUGCGGACUCAUCACGAAAACUGAUGCUGAGCGUCUAGUCAACGCGCUUUUGCACCGGAAUCCCCCGAAAGCGGCGGUGGGUUCGGUGGCGGCUCGGUCCGGAGCGGCGGCGUCGUCCCCAAACAACGCUUUCCGCGUGUAUCACAAAUGCUUCGGGAAAUGCAAGGGGAUCGUCCUCUCCAACUUGUACGAUCGAAUGGACUCGCUAUGCAUUGAGUGUGUGGAAUGUCACGGCCUAUUUUCCCCGGCGCGCUUUGUAGCCCACUCUCACCACCGGCAGGAAGUGAGGACUUGUCACUGGGGAUUCGACUCGUCCAAGUGGAGGCACUACCUCCUCCUCGACAGGGAUGAGGAUCCAGAAAAAUGGACAAAGUCGUUGGCCGAGUUUAAAGGAAAGUUCGAACAGAAACGAAAGGUAAGAAAAAAGACAGUUUUUUUUAGAAAUGUGGAUGAAAAUGAGUGGGUGCGAACAAGGGAAAUCAGAGGACCAAAAAAAUGCGGGUCAAAUUCGGACCCGGAAUAAAGACAUUUUUGUGGGGGACCUUUUUGAAAGGGAAAAAAUUGGAGGAUUUUUAAAAAAAAAACAAGAGAAAGAAAUUUGGGUGGUGUUUUUUUAAUGGAAAUGCGGGAUAAAAAAUUUUAGAUUAUUUUUGAGUGACAAAUAGAAAACAAGAUUUUGAGAUUUUUUAUAGAUAAAAAAUUCAGAGAGAAAAAUUUGGGGAAUAUUUUUUUAGGGGAGAAACAGAAAAAUUGGAGAUUUUGUGUAUAGCAGAAAACAAAACGAAAAAAAUGCACAAAAUUUUAUACCGGAAAAGCAGAAGCAACAAAAUUUCGAACUAUUUUCAUAUAAAUAACGGGACCAAAAAAGACAGAAAUCACACCCACGCUAAAAUUGUCUCCAUCCGAAACAAAAUGAUAAGCCGCACAUGCACCACUCGUUAUGUUUUGUUCUUCUCGAGUUGGUUGUUCAUUUCAAAUCAGAAUGUCAUUAUUAGCUCAAGGUUGUUUGAAGAGCAUUGUCCUCUCUCUCGCACAGGAGGAAAUGUGGCAUUAUUAUCAAACAUUUCUCCUUUAAAUUGAGAGAAAGGAGAGAAGGAAGGAGCUGCUCCUUUUGAGCAGUGGCCGCGGAAGGGUGGGGACAAUAAUGUCCCCUCGGUUGUUCGAGGUCCGCAUCAUUUCCAUAUCUUAUGUAUGAAACCCUGCCUCCCCCAUCCUAAAAUGUGAAGUCCCCAUAUGUCCCCACAGCUUCCGCGGCCACUGGGAGAAUUCAGGCAUCUCAAAUCUAUGAACAUGAUGCAGUGGCCGCUGAAGCGUGGAGACGAAGGGACAAUGUCCCCACGGUUGUUCGAUGUCAUCUGCCCAUCUUAUAUAAACCUCUCCCUCCCCCCAUCCUACAAUGGCAAUGUCCCCCCAUGUCCCCCACGACUUCCGCGGCCACUGCCUUUUUGAGUCAAGUAUUUCAAACAAAAGCGGAGAAAGUUGGACACAUCUCUGCCUCUCUCUCUCUCACUUUGUUUGACACUUGAGCAUGCUCGAAACCUUGUUGAUACAAACGAAGGGAAUUUUGUGCUGCCUGGCACACUUUCCAACUUUUAUUCGUAUCUCUUCUCUAGAAAUUCCUUCUGAAUUAAAUAAAAGGCGGAGGAGGAGGAGGAGAGGGAACUAAAAUGCACUAAAAUUCCCAUUAUUCGAGAACGGAGGAGAGACACGAACGAAUUAAGUGUAACAUUUUAGAAUUAGAAUUUUGAAACGAAGUUUUGCACCCACGCGAAAAGGAAGUGGAUUUUGUAUGCGAUAAAUAAUUUCGUUGCUUUGCUGCAUAA